AUGAACGAAGAGGUCAUGCCAAGCCCCCCCAUUAACGGCGCAAAUGUUGAACCUUAUCCUUGGGCUUUUCAACUUUUCCAACCUCAACCUCAAACAGCCGACAAAAUGAAGGGCUCACCGUGUGUUUUCAGCUCGGCCGCAGCCAUCCGAAGCGUAUUCCUCAACAAUGCAGCCCCCAUCGCCGGCCCCGCGCACCUUCAGCGACUUUUGUUGCCCUCAUUAGCAACACCAUCGCGGCAACGUUCCUUUUUCGGGCGAGCAAGCCCAGAAACCGAGAGAUUCCCAGUUGGAACAUUUCGAAGAUCUCCCACCUUGGACAGAAGAGAGCCAAAAGCCACCGAUGGCAGGAUUCUAAACUACAACAUCAGAGGCAAUAUGGUCGUCAUCCGCACCAAAGAUGGCACCCUCAGCGAACCCCAAGACAAGAUCGAAGUCUUGCGGAAUCUAGACUUGAACAAGAGCGCGCUCGAACAGAUUGCAGAACCGCAUUCUGGCCGCCCGUUCCCUAUUUGCAGGAUUAUUCUUCAAGGGGACGAGCAAAAGAAGGCGUAUACACAGAUGAAGGCGGAGAAGAAGAAGCUGCAGAAUGGGGUCAAGGUUGUCACAAAGGAGGUUGAGAUGAACUGGGCGAUGGCGCCGCAUGACUUGGCCACGAAGAUUAGGAGGCUGAAGGGGUUCUUGGAGAAGGGGUAUAGGGUUGAGGUUACGAUGAUGCAUCCCAAGAAGAAGAGCAAGAGGAAGGCGAAUGAUGAGGAGGCGAAGCAGGUUUUUGGUGAGGUGAUUAAAGUGCUGGAGGAGGUACCUGGGACGACAGAAUACAAGUCGAGACAGGGGCAGGUUGGAAAGACGCAGUUGUUGUUUUUGCAGGGGAAGAUUCCCAAGGCUCAACCUGCAGCUGCUGGGAUGGAGAGCUCGCCAGAGACGGCUGAUGAGAGUGCUGGGGAAGAAAAGGAGGCUGAAAGUCAGGAAAGGUCGGAUACUGCUGGAAGCUAAAUCAUAGCGGUCAACAAGUAUGUAUACUUUUGGGACAAAUGUACAAUAGUAGAUAUGUAAAAACAUUUAAUGAGGCCAUGACCACUCACUUAUGAUCAAGACAAAGGCAGGAUGCGUUCAGGCACCAUGAAGACGGGAGGGA